GAGAGGCAGCAAAACAAACCACACAGUAGGUAUUCAUUCGAUACAAGUAUCUAUGAGUUCGUGCCAGCCAUCCAGCUCUGCCACAGUUGGUAUGGCGUUUUGAAUCUCUUCAAUGAAUUUGAAGUCUACGUGACGCACGACGACAGAGCUGUAGCCUCAUAACUGCUGCCUGCAACUGCAGCGCCGGAUAAAACAUUUGUAAACUUUGAAAAUUUGGCUAUUUGUGCGGUGGUAUUGCUGUUGGACGUAACUAACAUUUAUAACGCGCUCCGAGUUCGGUUCGGGUUUUUAUUAUUAUCGGGAUUUGUCAGUAACGGUACGGUACGUCUUCAUCGGUCAUUGUUGUCAUCGUAGUCGUCGUCUUCAAUUAAAUGUGGCUGGCGCGCGUGAAUUUAAUGUCAAUCAAUAGAGAGUCGGCUUCAUAACACGGCGCGGCAAUUCAAGUUGGUCGAGACAAUACGUUCGAAAAAAAAAAAAACAAAACGAAAAAACCCAAAAAAAUCGAAAUUCGGUUAAUUGAUUUCAAAACAAUUUUGAAUGUCAUUUCCUACUCUCUGUAGAAAAAAAAAUUCAGUGUAACCGAACAAAAAAGGCAAACCGAUAAAUACCAAAAUUGUAUUGAAAGAAGAAAGAAAGCACAACAAAAAAAAAACUUUAAUCCAAGCAAUUAAAGAAAAACAAAUCCAAAGAAAAAAGCAUUUUCCCCAAAAAUAAAAUACAAAAAAACAAUAACUGCCAAAAAAUAUUUUAUUUUAAAUACUCAUAAGAAAGAAAAUAAAGAACGUUAGUAGCAAACAAAUCACCUGGAUUCCUUAAAAAAAGGCGAAUUAUUACGCGGAUAACAACAGUGUGUCUCCUGGGUGUUUAACUUUGUUGUCCGCACUCCAUCAACAUCAGUUUUAAAUAUUUAAACCGACAGAGGAACUGGGAGCAUUUCUUGUCAUCAAGCAUAUUAUCAGCAGCAGUCGAAGAACAUCCGCAUCAACCAUCAUCACAAUGCGCCGUAAUGUUAAAUUGAUUGUUUUUGUCAGCGUCAUCUGGAUGUUUGUCCUGGUUUAUUAUUUUCAAACCAACACUGAAAAGGUGGAAAAUCGUGCUCUAAGGUUACGUGAGGCUAUGCAACAAUACCAGGAUGAAACAGUGCCCUCGGCAUCGGCCUUAAGGCAACAGACACAACAGCAGCAGCAGCAACAACAACAGUUAUUGCUGCAGGAUACUGCAAAUCAGCCACUACACUUCGGACCACAACAGAAUGCGAAUGGCUUGCAUGUCAAUGUCAUAGCAUCUAGCGAUGAUCCUGGCGGAUUGCAUGCCCGUAUUGGUGGUUUAGGUCUGAACGGUUUAUCACCACAAGAGGAGACAUCACGCCUCAUUAUAUCCAGUGGCUUGGCAGCCUCGCCAAAUGGUGCUGCCGUGGCUGGAGCUGGAAAUAACGGUGAUUGGGAAUAUUUCGAUGAGGCUGGCUACAUUCGUGGCGGAGCAUUACGGACGGGUGAAGAUCCAUACAUACGCAAUCGUUUCAAUCAGGAAGCCAGCGAUGCGUUGCCGAGUAAUCGAGAAAUUCCCGAUACAAGACAUCCAAUGUGCCGCAACAAAUCAUAUCGCAAGGAUUUGCCUGAGACCAGUGUGAUUAUAACAUUCCACAAUGAAGCUAGAUCCACGUUGUUGCGGACCAUUGUAAGUGUCCUUAAUCGCAGUCCCGAGCAUUUAAUACGUGAAAUAAUUUUGGUGGAUGACUUCAGUGAUCAUCCUGAGGAUGGCCAGGAAUUGGCGAAAAUCGAUAAGGUACGCAUCAUACGCAACGACAAACGUGAAGGCUUGGUACGUUCACGGGUACGCGGUGCCGAUGCUGCGGUCUCGGAAGUCCUCACCUUCCUCGACAGCCAUGUCGAGUGCAACGAACAGUGGCUGGAACCUUUGCUCGAACGUGUCAAAGAGGAUCCCACCCGUGUCGUGUGCCCCGUUAUCGAUGUCAUCAGCAUGGACAACUUCCAGUACAUUGGCGCUUCGGCCGAUUUGCGUGGCGGUUUCGAUUGGAAUCUCAUUUUCAAAUGGGAAUACCUGAGUCCGGCCGAGCGAACGGCACGUCAACAUGAUCCGACCACAGCCAUUCGAACACCCAUGAUUGCCGGCGGUCUGUUCGUUAUCAAUCGAGCCUAUUUCAAUAAACUGGGCAAAUAUGAUAUGAAAAUGGACGUGUGGGGCGGUGAGAACCUCGAAAUCUCAUUCCGUGUAUGGCAGUGCGGUGGCAGCCUGGAAAUUAUACCAUGCAGUCGGGUGGGCCAUGUGUUCCGCAAACGUCACCCGUACACGUUCCCUGGUGGCAGUGGCAAUGUGUUUGCACGCAAUACCCGACGUGCUGCUGAAGUGUGGAUGGAUGAUUACAAGCAAUACUAUUAUGCCGCAGUGCCGUUGGCCAAGAAUAUUCCGUUUGGCAACAUCGACGACCGUUUGGCUCUCAAGGAGAAAUUGCACUGCAAACCAUUCAAAUGGUACUUAGAAAAUGUUUAUCCUGAUUUACAAGUUCCUGAUUCAUAUGAAUUCGGCCAAUUUCGCCAAGGUGAUUUCUGUUUGGAUACCAUGGGAAAUUUGGCGGAUGGCACAGUUGGUCUCUUCCAGUGCCACAACACUGGUGGCAAUCAAGAGUGGGCCUACACCAAGCGCCAGCAAAUAAAACACGAUGAUCUCUGCUUAACACUGGUGCAAUUCUCACGCGGCUCACAGGUCAUCAUGAAACUAUGCGACGAUUCGGAAAAUCAAAAAUGGGUGCUGCGUGAAGGCGGUUUUAUACGGCAUCACAAAUUGAAUGUGUGCCUGGAUUCCAGGGAUCACACACAGGUCGGUGUCUCCGCGCAGCGAUGCAAUUCGGCAUUGGAGACCCAACGAUGGUUGUUUACCACAACAAAAGCGUGAGGACGACGAGGACAACAACAACCACACCACCAACAACAGCAGCAGCAACGCAACAACAUCACCGAUGAGGGCAGUUAAAUUCUGAAUAUGGUAUGGCAUAGGGUAUUUGGGUUUGAAAGACGAAAAGUGGAAUCCAAAACAAAAAAGAGGAUGAAGAAAAAACACAGGGGAAUAAAUAUUUGAUGAGAUGGCAUGGAUUGAUGAUGAAAAGAAAAUAAAGAACUUGACUGACUGAAGAACUUUUUUUUAAACCAACACAACAACAACAACCAACGGGGCUACAACAGCAGCUAUUACUACCACUAAAAUCAACAAAACAAUAAACGAGAAAAAACUGAGCAUUUCACGAAAAAGAAAAAAAAAACAAAGAAAAAAUGAAGAAUCAUGACGACAAACAAAUGUAGAGUAUGAACCCAACGAUGGACCCAGAGAGGAGGCUACAUUUUCACUUAAAAUCCAUCACAACAAACUGGCCAGAUUCAUUUUAUCACUGUUCGGGAGAAGCGAACGCACUGAAAGUUAGUUGGUUGACCAGAAGAAUUUCUGAGAUUCGUUUUAUGCUUUUGCCAGUGAUGAUGAUAUUAAAUAAUGAAAAGUUUUCUGUUGUUUUUGUUGAAUUGUAUUUUUCAUAAGUUUCUUUUUUAUUUUUAUAGGGCCAACAGUUGAAAGUGGUUAUAAUAUCCAUUUUAUUAAAGGAGUUUUAAGUAAUUAAAUCAUUUUUAAUUGAAAUUUAUGAACUGUCCUACCCAUCAAAUGUAUUAUAGCCAUGUUUGACUGUUAAAUGCAACAUUAAGUUUUAAUAUUCCACAAAAGGAGGUAAUUGUACGAGGAAGUAUUUAAAAUCGAUGCAGGCAAUGUUAAUGAAAGCCAUUGUCGUGUCGAUGAAAACUUAAUGACGUGGACGAUGACAAUGAGUUUAAUUUUGGUUGCAAGAGGUUGCUAUGGAAUAAAUGGAUAAUUGGGUUUUAUUUAAAUGAAUUUAUUUAAUAUUAAAUUUUAUCGAAUGCUAACGAAAUGAAAAUUACCGUGAGAGACUAAAUGAUAUUUACAAGUAGUUUAAUAAAUAAAUGAAUAAUAUUUGAAAACUCUGAAUAUCUCCACUUCGAUAAAAAGCGAUUAAAACAAUUAUAAGAUUGGAACACAUUCAUAAUUUCAAGGUAUUCUAUGGAUUGAAUGGCCUUAACAGGUAUUCUGUAAAUAGAAGACACCUAUUAAAUUGUCUAUGGAUAGCAGGUUUUCUUUUAUCUAGAGGACUUUCGUCCUUUCGCGUUCUACUAAUAAAAUAUAUUUUAGGUGUUCCUUCCACCAAAGACCAGCUGGGGUGUUCAUUCCGCGUUAUAUAUUUAUGAUCUACUGGGAGACUUCAGUACAGGGUAAGGUAAAAAAAACUGCAACAGAGUCACACGCCAUAAUUUUUAUAUAUUUUGUAUACCCUACACCACAAGGUGGUCAGGGUAUUAUGUCUUUGUGCAUUUGUUUGUAACAGGCAAAAGGAAACGAGAUAGGAUCACAUUCUGAGUCGAUUUAUGCAUGUCCGUCCGUCCGUCUGUCCAUGUAUUUUUGUAAACAAAGUACGGUUCGCAUUUUUUGCCCUAUCCAGAUGAAAUUUUGCACAAAUCAUUUGUUUUGCCCAAGGACGAACCCUAUUGAAAUUGGAGAUAAUCGGUCAAAAUUUAGAUAUAGCUCCCAUAUAUAUCUUUGUCCGAUUUGCCUUUUAUUGUGCACCAAACGUGUAAUAUCAGUCCGAAUAGUAUGGAAUUUUGCACGUACGAUCAGAUUGGACCUGAAAAUAAGUAUGCCAAAUAUGAUCGAAAUCGGUUCAGAUAUAGCUAUAGCUCCUAUAUAUAUUGUUCAUCCGAUUUGUUAUUUUUGCCCCCCGCAGCCGUAAUAUGCACGCUGUAACAACAAUAUUUGGGGAAAUAUAUCAAAUACAGCUCAGAAAUACAUUUGCUAAAUUUUAUCGAGAUCGGUUCCGACUUGGAUAUAGCUCCCAUAUAUAACUUCGUCCGAUUUACCUUUUAUUGUGCACCAAACAUCUAAUAUUUGCCCAAAUUGGAUGAAAUUUGGCACUUACGACCGAAUUGAGUCUAAAAGCUUGUAUGUCAAAUUUGGUGAAGAUCGGUUCAGAUAUAGCUAUAGCUCCCAUCCGAUCCGAUUUGUCAUAUUUGUUACCCACAGUCGUAAUAUGCAACGAUAUUCAGGGAAAUAUAUCAAAUACAGCUCAGAAAUAUCUUUGCCAAAUUUUAUCGGGAUCGGUUCCGAUUUGGAUAUAGCUCCCAUAUAUAUUUUUAUCCGAUUUCAAAUUAAUUGUGCAAUGGGCAAUACAAGUCCGAAUUUAAAAGACACAAAUGCUUCGGCAUAUUUAGUCCUUUGAACUUUAAAUUAUAAUUAUAAUCAUGGCGUGUAUGAUUGAAUUCUCCCAUUAAAACGUUUAAUUGUUAUGCGGAGCUCUACUAAAUUAGCAAAGUGGUGUUGGGUAUCAUAAAGUCGGCCCCACCCGACUUUAAGACUUUCUUAACUGGUUUUUUGUUACCAACUGCUGGACAACGAAUGUUUUCUCAUCGGAGAAAACAAAAUUCGGCAGUUCACCACUUUCGGCCAAGCGAAGUAACUCUUUAGCUCUUUUGAGCCUGUUUUAUUUCUGUAUGUGUAGGUUCUUGCACUUUUUGGAAUCUGAAUGGCUUGAAGUUGAAGUUUUUUUCAUCAUCCGAACUUAGAGCGUUUUUUACGUAAGAAUGGAAACUUGUAACAUUUUUUGUCAUAGAGAACCUACUUUAGGUCUUUUCCAGAGGAGGAUCUGCAAAAGAUCUUUCAUAGAAAGACCUGCGACUGAUCCUAUGCACAUUUCUCUUGUGUUUCGUGAAUUUUUCGGUAACUUUAGCUUUUAAAUCCGUUUGAGCAGAAGUUUUACCAUUCCUAGCCAAAGUAACCCUUGAAAAUCUAUACGCUUCAUUAAAUCCAGAUCGGAGUUUAUAUCACAUAGUUUGCUAUUUAAAUAACUUCGCUAUUAUCGGCCACUAAUGAAUGUGUUUAAAAAAUAAAACAAAUUAUUUUUCUAAUAUAUUUUGACUGACUGAAGUCUGACAGGACCGCUGACUCUAUUUUCUAAAACUAUAAAAUAAAACAUCUGAAGCCCUCCUGCCGCAUCCCCAAUUAAUGUGUUGAAAAAAAAACUAAGUUAUAUAAUUAUAUUUAUAUUUUUCUAUAUUGUUUUUUAUUUUUUUAUAUCUAUAUAAAAUUUAGACUGAAAACAUACCAUGUUCUGUUUUAUAUAUUUCUUUAAAAAAUAAUGUGUUUUGCCAACCUGUAUUUUGCUCAAUUCUUUUUCUGAAAUAGGUGCGAACACACCUAAUAACAUUCCAUUAAAGCUGGCUUUGUAAAAUCCCCUUUUCUUAUUUAAAAUUUACAAACACACAUUCAUACAUCCAUCCUUUAGCUAUGACUACCAGUGUUUAAGUAAAUCUGUUCCAUUUUGUUUCCUAUGUAAAUUUCUAUGUGUUUCCUUAAAUAUAAAAUAUGUAUUUAAUUAUUAUUAUUACUAUUAAGUGUCAAUUAAUUGUUAAAUAUCUAUGAAUUUUAAUAAAAAACACAGAAAAAAAAUCAACAAAAAAAUAUUUUUUAAACAAAGCGAUUUUCGAAAACCUUUCUUCUUUGUAUUGUUUUUUUUUUUUCAAUAUUAGUUAAGAAUGUGAAGAAGAAGAAGAAAAAAAAAUAAGUUAGUUAUUUUAUUUUAUUUUUUGUUAUUUAAAUAUACAUAAGUAUAACUUAUCCCAAUCCUUCCAUUUCUAUAAUAAUAAGUUUAGUUUGCAUUUUUUAAAUUGGGUUGGUAAAACAUGGACUGGGGAAAUUGGGGUUAAGUCGUUUCACAAAUUUAGACAUUUCAAGGCACCACUGAACUGAAAAAUUAAAUAAAUAUUUAUUGAACUCAUCACAACACCCCGGAAUUUUUUCAUCCAUGUGUUAUCACGCCUAAGGUACAUUUAGUCCUGAACAUAUUAAAUGUUUUUUGUACUUAAACAUUAAUAAAUCACAAUUCAAAACUUUACAUACAAAAAAAAAAAAAAUAAAAAUUAUAGAAUCGCAUUCUCAACAUAAUAUAGAAGUGACACUGAAGAGAUGAGAUGGAAACAACUAAAACUAAAUUUAAAAUUUAUAAAACAAACAAAACAAAAAAUAUAUGUAAAUAAUUAUUUGAUAAUUAUUAAUUAAAAAAAAUAAAAAAAAUUUUAAAUGUAAUUUGUAAUAAUUUGCGUUUUUAGCCAAAAAAAAAAAAUAA